GUUUGGUGAAAUGGGUCUGAAAUGCCUUUGUGUUUCUGUCUCCUAGGCAACCAGACAAGCUGCGGGUGAUGUGGAUCAGGAGAAGCAGGCAUCACAGCACAAAGCUCCACAGCUGGCAGCCCGGCAUCAGGAACCCCUACAGAGGCGUGGUCGUUUGGCAGGUCCCAGAGAGUCUGAACAUCACCGUCACUCUCUUCAAGGAACCCACUGCUGAAGAUUACGAAGACAAAGAUUGGACGUUUGUUAUUGAGAAUGAGACAAAAGGCCGCAGAAAGGUUUUAGCAUCAGCUGAUGUUAACAUGAAGAAGUACGCCAGCAGCACGCCGGCUCAGUACGACAUCACGCUGAAGCUCAAACCGCUCUCUGUGAAAGUAGUGGAAGCCACGCUGGUGCUCAACAUGUCCUGCAUUUUUCUCAAGGAGGGCAAAGCUACGGACGAGGACAUGCAGAGCUUGGCCAGCUUAAUGAGCAUGAAGCAGAGUGACAUCGGCAACCUGGACGACUUCAACGACAGCGACGAGGAGGUCGGCGAGGAGAGUAGAGCCAGCUUUGGGACGGGACAGAGCGUUCACGUUGCUGCUUCCUCAGCUUCCUCCAGCGUGAGAGCAGAAGAUCUGACCGGGAGGCCUGCGGGUGAAUCGGCCCCCGCCGUAACCUUUGGGAUGGACGGUAUAAAAUCCUCUGGCAUUUCCUCCGUAUUAGUGGCUGCAUCCCAUGCUCCCUUAUUUGAACCUGAAGGUCCUUCAUCUCCCCCUGUUUUCCUGCAAACCCACACGCAGCCAAGUCCUUCCCAACAGGGCCGACCUUCAUCUAAUGUCAGCUCAUGGCCAUCUUUUUCACAUGUUCUUCCUCCAACACUUCCAAAAAUCUUUCAGUCAACUUCCAGAUCAGCCCUGCGUAGGCCCCAUAGCUUCCACAGCAAUGGCCACUACUCGGAUGGUUUCCUGGCCCGCUCUGUCUCUGCACUGGUCCCCUCCAAAGCCCGGUCCACCUCCUCUCUGUCUUCACCGCCGCCUGAAACGGCCCCCCACCUCUCUCCUUUCCCUGACAGCCCGCAGACAGCUUCAUCCUCUCUCACAGCUCAGUCUGUGCAUCAGAAACAACAGAGAGAGACAGGAUUGGUUACCCCUGGCAGCCUGGCUGCAGACAACCCCUCACCUGGUGGUCAUAGACCUUCACCCCCCCCUCCCCUCUCUGUGGCUCCUCCCCAGCUUCAUAUAUCUGAAACAGUCAUACUCUCCCCAAGUAGGCAGGAAGCAGAGUUCAAGAGGCAGCUGAGCACGUUGCGUGAAGAGGAGAACCAAUGUUCAGGACCUGCAGGAGCAAACCUGACGACAGACGCCUCCACGGCUUUGGGCCGGAGAAAAGAUGCAGCGGCUGGAGUGGAGGGCAUCCAGGCAUCUGCAGGAAGCCUGAAUGUCAGAAUGUGGCACUCGAGUCCAGACGUGCCGCUGUGGUUAAGUGUUAGUGAGAGCCCUGCGCCUCAGAAGAAAACUGAAGAAACAGACAAUACUUUUGUUAUUAUAGAGUCGUUGAGUUACUCUGCUUUUGAACAAGAACGUGUAAAACAUGGAGACAGUAGCAAAUCCCAGUUAGAGACGAUUACAGCAGCAGAAGCAAAGGCAGGGAAUAAAACUUUGGACACAACAGAGACAGCGGGACUUUUUGGAUGGGAGGUUUUGGAGGCAGAUGGAUCAGUGUCUGAAAAAAAGAGAGAACACUACUUAGCACCAAACGCAGAAGAGACUACAGGAUUAGUAAAGGCCCUUGUUGGUGUUUUCCACAAAGGUUAUGAAACAGUAGCAUCUAUCCUGGGUCCAUCUAGCUCUACUUUAGGAGACGCUGAUACUUCAGUGAACCUGGAGGACAGGUCAUUGACUACUACUGAAGCUUUGCCACAUUUUACUGAUAACAGGACUCCUCUACAAAAGGUGGAUGAAUGUUUUGACAUUCAUGCUAAAAAAGAAUAUCCAACAAGCAUGGAGCCAUACUUGAGGGAGUUGAUGGUUGGCGAUUUAGUCCCUUCGUUAUCAAUUGCUAACGAUGAUGGCGGAGGUGGUGUAAAAGAAAGUAAAGGAACAGAUAAGCAGGAUUUUCCUCUUAAUCACUCACAUUCAAAGGAUACAAUGCUGAUCAAGCAGAACUUUGAUCGGACAUCAAAGUACCUGAAAGAUUUGCCGGUGAAACACCGAGCCAAUGUAGAACAAGAUGGUAUGAAAACGAUGUUGUUCUCUUCUCAGUCAGAGAAAGGCCCAACACAAACAAGCUUAAAAACGUUGCCGGCAACUCCCCUUCAGCCUGCAGACAGUAGCCAGCAGAGAGCUGCUCUGUUUGAUGCACUCUCGGACCCAUCCAGGUGUGAUCAAGAGAAAUGUCCGGCGAUACCACUGGCCAGUAUUGCUGGUCCUCAUCAAGAUAAAAAGGAAAAGAGAUCGGUUCCACCUGAACUGAAAGAGGGCGAUCAGAGAACGUGCAUAGCUCCGGUAAGGCCAAGCAGAAAGAGGGAUAGUUUACCAGAAGAACAAAAAGAAGUUGCCUUGUUUCCUAAGCCAGCACCAGAAGAUCUUCAGCUUCAGUCCAAUAGGACUUGUGCUCUGGAAUGGCCUAACAAAGAUGGCGCAACCUCUAUCCAGACGUCUUCUUUGGAAACAAAGGAAAUGAAAAGCAUCCACCCUGUGCUGGAGCCAGAUGUAUUGCAUGAUGAGCACCUUAGCUCUGUUUCAAUAAUUAAGAAGAUACAUUUUCCAAAAGGAGCAAGAAAAGCUGGGAGACUUGGUAGCGACAAGGACAUCACAGCAGGUGACAUGAAGCCGGUCUACCCGCCAUCCGCUGGUGACGCAUCUGCUGAUAAGUCCAACAUUACAAGGCAAAAGGUAGAUGAUCCAAAAGGAGAAGAGCUCAUUAAAAAUCCUGUUCCAAAGCCUCGUGGGAGAAAACAUGUCAUUGACUCCUUCCCAGGCGGGAGUAUCCCUGCAGGAAGUGCAUCUCAGGAAUCCCACGGCAAAGAAAAACUAACAGCAAGGCAAAGAAAACAAGGUCAUCAAAGUCAAGACUGUUCUAAUUCUUCAGCUGAACCUUCUUCUGGUUCAUUGGUGGGAAUUAGAACUACAUUUGAUCAAAGGGUUCACGGAGCGUGCAAUGAUCCUUCAGAAAUGCCCUCAUGUUUACCUAUGCCCAAAGAAAGAAGGAAACGUCGCUGUGAUUCAUUCCUAGAUGACUCAACAUCCGCCUCCCGUUCAGACCCCAUUGCUGAUGUAACUGAUACUAAAGUGACCCCAGAAAGUAAGACAUUAGGCUCGCCUCUUCUAUUUCAUCAAGUCAAAAAAACAGUCAGAGAACGGUCAUCCUCCAAAGAAAUAGAACUACCCGAGACAAACAUAGAUCAGGAAUGUGGCAAGAAAACUCCAGAUUCCUGUCUGCAAUCGGAAGGAGCUCUGGUUGCAGUUCAGGGUGAAGAAGUGAUGUUGCAGUUGGAGAGAGAUGUUCUAGAUGCAAUGCAAGAAGUGUUUACUCAGACGCAGUCUGGAGAAGAUGCUGAAGACGAUAAAGAUGAGAUUCUCAAGGAUUGGACUGUUACAGGUGAGCCUCUUGUACCAAACAGCUUACAGAAGGAUAAGAAAGUGACUUCAGAAAAGGAGAAGGUCCUAGAAAGAGAGAUACAUAGGUCAGGAACUGUCACGGUGAUGUCCUCUCACGAUGACUGGCUGCACGUAGAGCACAAACAAGAGAGUGAACCUAUGGAAAUCAACACAAGAAGGACAGUGAGAGAAGAAGAGUUGGACUUUUCGUCUGUAGAUGUAGCUGCUGCUUGUUCAGAGACUCAAAGGUCGGCAGGGCAGCCUGUAGCUUUUCCUCGUGGAAAGAAGCGUUUGAGUGGUUCUUCACUGAACGGCACCGAGUCAGAAGCUGGUGCCCUCCGACAAGCCUUCGAGCCUUCGACGCCUCAGAAGAAACAUGCAGAUGAGGCUCCUUCUGUGGAGAACGCUGCUUCCAGCCCCUCCCUGGUCACCUCCAGUCAGUCUCUCCUGGAAUGGUGUAAGGACGUGACUCAGGGUCACAAGGGAGUGAAGAUCACCAACUUCAGCACUUCCUGGAGGAACGGCCUGGCGUUCUGUGCGAUCCUCCAUCAUUUCCAUCCUGGAAAGAUAAAUUUUGAAAUGCUGAACCCGUACGAUAUCCAGAUCAACAACAAAAUGGCUUUCGAUAGUUUUGCCGAACUCGGUAUUUCCAGACUGAUAGAGCCUUCGGAUAUGGUCAUGCUGGCGGUACCCGACCGCCUCAUCGUUAUGACCUACCUCAACCAAAUACGAACCCAUUUCACCGGCCAGCAGCUCAGUGUGCUUCAUAUCGAUAAAAACAGCAGUGAGUCCAAUUACGCGGUGUCAGGGAGCCAGGAGCUGCAGGAGGACCCAGAGGCAACCGUUCGCUACUGCGCUCAGAAACUCCAGGAGAAAGGUCUGAGCCUGGAGGCGAUCGCGAGUGGAGGCCCUGCGGAGGAUGAGCCUCAAAGCAGCGCCGAGAUGGCUCCACCUCCACGGUCCAAACGGCUACCGGUCCCCGGGGCGGCAGGGGCCUCCGGCUCUCAGUCUCCCGUGGCUCCUCCAAGGUCUCAUGUCCUCUCUAAGGGCUUCUCCCGGGUCAAGGAUGCGGAUCUAGUCAAAAAGCGUAGAUCUCAAAAGAAGAGCGGGUCGAUUGAUGAUGGAGAUACUUCGCCGGCCGGAACAGAACGGGAGGGGAGGAACUCAGAAACCGAGAAAUCAGAGUUUGUAGUAGAAGAAGAGAAACCAGAGGGUCAGGACACCAGCCAGUAUGUGUUACAUCAGAUGGAGGCGUUGGAAGCGGAACAGAACCACAUUGACAACAGAGCAGCGGUGGUGGAGCAGAAACUCAGGCAGUUGAUGGAAACAGGAAGUGAUAAAGUGGAAGAAGAGAAGCUGAUUCAAGAAUGGUUCACCCUGGUUAACAAGAAGAACGCUCUAAUCCGACGGCAGGAUCAUCUGCAGCUGCUGCUGGAAGAACAAGACCUGGAAAGACGUUUUGAGCUGCUGACCAAGGAGCUUCGAGACAUGAUGACGAUCGAAGACUACCAGAAGACCCAGGCCCACAAACACAGAGAGCAGCUCCUGCUCCAGGAGCUGGUGUCUCUAGUCAACCAGAGAGACCAGCUGGUUCACAACAUCGACGCCAAAGAACGAGGAGCUCUGGAGGAAGACGAGCGUCUGAACCGCAGCCUUGAGCAGCGAAGGAGGAAGUACGCCAAGGAGCAGAAAGAAAAGUGCGUCGUUCAGUGAGGAAGAAGCCAAACUCUGGAAAACUGAGCCAUAUUUUUAGGAACCCAGAGACAAAUCUGUGAUUUUUAAUUUUUUCUGCAAAAAGUCAAAACCAGUUUGAGCUCCCGUUCCCACUGGGGUUUCACCUCUUUGUGCCUUUUUUAGAUUAAAAUCCUUCGGAAGGAUUACGAGAGGAGAAAAAAAGAAACUUCACGGGUCAAAGAUGUUUUUAAAGAAAAUCUUUUUAUUUAUUUUCUCUAAGUUACUGAAGUGAAACGUUAAAGUGGUUUUUAUUUAAAUGUUAAAGCCAUAAAGAGAGUUUCCAAAGAUUUUAAGAAAAACAGCAUCGACACUUUUAUUGUUUCUACGUUUCUUUGCUCUGAAAACAAGUGACUCCAUUUUUGAAAAAAAGAGAAAAAAAUCAUUUAUCUUUCUGUAACAGGAUACAUUUAAUAUUUUAAGUAUUUGUGGUUUUUAUGAGAUGUUUCUUCUUAUAGUUUGUCUGAAUUUCUCUCUCGUUGAGGUUUGUGUGUUUUUUUUGAGACUUUAGUGUCAAAUUUGCACUGUUUAGAAAUACAAACCAUCUGAACUCUUUAA